GCGAGAGAGAAGGACGGCGCUUUGCUUGAAGGAAUGCUUGAGAAUGCCUUCCCAUCGACGCCUUCUAUGCUCCUCUACGAUGGAAGCUCCUUCCGCAGCGCCCCUUGCCCCUUCUCGUCCCUCCUGUCUUCAGUCCUCACGGCCGUACUCCUCCAGAACCCCCUCAUCGACCUCGUCAUCAGCUCAUCAGCCAACACACGACACAAGAGGGAGCGGCCAUCCUAUCAUCUCUUCACACAACACAAGGUGGACUGGCUGCACCACGUGGCCGGUGUGUGUGGCGGCCUGGCGGCAUGUGUGUGUGGCCAUCCCCUGGACACGAUGAAGGCGCGCAUCGCCCUCAGCCACUCGGCCACGGGCUCCACUCGCCUCUACUCAGGGCUUGCUGACUGCAUCCGUCAGACUUGGCUGAAGGAGGGCUUGAGGGGGUUCUACCGAGGCCUCCCCUUCCCCCUGGUGGGUGACUGCCUCGUGGCGUCCGCCAGCUACGGCGUGUACGGCAACACACUCGCAUUCCUGGAGCGGGCCAACGCCAAUGGCGAGCUGCCGGGAGGGGCCUGGUCACGGCCGAUGCUCACAGGGGCGGCCGGCGCGGCGGGGGGGGCCAUCGCAUCGGUGGUCGAGUGCCCUUUUGACAUGCUCAAGACGCAGAUGCAGGUAGAGGCGUGUCGAAAGGCGGCCAACGAGCAGGCCAGGCGGGUAGCUGCCCCGCGGGAUGCCGUAGCAUCGGCAGUGGUGAGUCGGCGGGCAGCCUAUGAGUUGGAGGCGCUGAGCUACCGGGGGCUCGGCGACUGCCUCACAGAGGUCGUCAGGGCGCAGAAGGUCUAUGCAGGUACGGACGUCACCGCACAAAGGAACCAUCCAGCAAUUUGUGUGUGUUGCUGGUUCAGGCCUGUCUGCUGUGUUUUUGCGGAACACACCUGGGUUCGCCAUCGCCUACUCAACGUUCGACGCACUCAAGAGGCUCCAAACGCCGCCAGGUAUGGUGACCUAACCAGACUAACCAAAGCCAUGACCGAACAAAUGGAUGGAUGCUUGUGUCUGGCUCUCCCUAACAGGCCAGAGCGAGUCUGUCCUUACCGCUCCCCAGCUGAUGUUAGCAGGGGGGCUGAGUGGCGUCUUGUUUUGGGCGGCGGCGUACCCCUUUGACGUUGUGCGGGCGAACCUCCAGGGCCAGAGCGCCAAGCUGAGCGCCUCGAAGGCCAGAUUCAACGGUGUUGUGGAUUGUGCCGUCAAGCUCUACCUGGAGGGCGGUGUCGUGCGCUUUUACAGGGUGAGUCACUGAUGCACUCACUGCACGGAUGCACAUGGCGGAUGGAUAUGACAUGGAUCGGAUGGUUGGAUUGGUGGCCGAUGUGAUGUUGGUCUGUCUGUGUCAGGGCUUGUUGCCGGCUGUAUCUCGCGCCUUGCCAGCCAAUGCGGUGUGCUACUAUGUCUACACGCUGGUGGUCCAGACCUGGAGCGGGAAGUGACGGGAUGGUGGCCUCUCUGCAUGGAUGGCAUGGGAUAUAUUGUAGCAAAGCUACGAGGGAGGGAUGGGCUGUUGGAGGGAGGGGAGGAGACAGACAAUGACGGCGAGUUUUUCCGUGUGGAUGGAUGGGAUGGCUGGGCUGGGUGGCGUGUGUGUGUUCGUGUGUCCCACGGGGACUGGCGAGACACGUGGGCGGUGUAACACGUGGCUGACCACAGUUACGGUGUCCGAUGGACACGUGAGGGUUUGGUCGGUUCCAGCCGCCUUUGUUUCCCGCAUGACCUUGGUGGUCCCCGCCCAGGUGCGUCAGAAAUGUCUGGGAAGGCGCCUACAGCAGGCAGCAUGAGGGAGACAGAGGCGCGGGGGAACGACCAGCCAAUCAACCACGACGGUGUGGCUUGUCUCUGUCCGGGUCUGUGGCUCAUGACACGUCUAUGUGGGAUCUGUUGCGUGAGUGAGCGUUGAGGGAUGUGGCAACUUUUUGCCCUUUUGAGCUGACUGGCUGUCUUGCUAGCGCUCACGUCGUGCGUGUGUGCCUCUCUCUCUCUGUGUGUGCGUCUCUCUCUCUCUCUGUGUGUGUGCAUGUGUGUGUGUGUGUGUGUGUGUGUGAAGUGCCCCUUCCAGUCGUGAAGGCGGUCGAUCGGUGUGCAGGCAGUCAUGUACAUACACAGACGGACGGAUGUGCAGGAGUACACAUCAACGGAGAUGUCCAUGUAUGUGUGGAUGCGUGCGUGUGAGGACGGACGCAUGGCUUUAUCGAUCAAUCAUUGCGUG